CGGGCACGCGCCGUCGGGCACGCGCUCACCCCCCUCAGGCCCCAACGGGCGGCCCCUGAGGGAGCGCGGCCGGGGCGGCCCGGGGCUGAGGGGCGGCGGCGGCGGCGCCGGGCAUGCGGGCGGUGGGACGGGGACGGGCAGCGGGACCGGGAGCGGGCCGGCAGGGGGAUGCUGUCGCGGAAGAAGACCCGCACGGAGCUCUCGAAGCCCGGCGAGGUGCAGGGCAAGUACGUGAAGAAGGAGACGAGCCCGCUGCUCCGCAAUCUGAUGCCUUCAUUUAUCCGCCACGGUCCAACCAUUCCAAGACGAACUGAUAUCUGUCCUCCUGACUCCACUCCUGCAUAUGCUGCUGGGGGAGAUGGAAUUGUUUCCAGGAAUCAGAGCUUCCUUCGAACUCCAGUGCAGAGGCCACCUCAUGAAAUAAUGAGACGUGAAAGCAACAGACUGUCUGCACCCUCCUAUCUUGCUAGAAGCUUAGCUGAUGUCCCUAGAGAAUAUGGCUCUUCCUCCCAGUCCUUUUUAACAGAAGCUAAUUCUGUUAUGGAAAAUGGAGACGCGGGCGCCCGUUGCUACUAUUACGAUCACUUUUAUGAUGCCCAAAGGAGACGUCAGUUAAAUGACCGCUUGCAUGAGGACUACAGGUAUUACGAACACACCAAUGAUCUUUUCCAGAGGAUGUCCCAGAAUCAUGGGAGGCACACUUCAGGCAUCGGGAGAGUUGCUGCUACAUCUCUAGGAAAUUUAACCAACCAUAGUUCUGAAGACUUGCCUCUUCCUCCUGGCUGGUCAGUGGACUGGACUAUUAGAGGAAGGAAAUACUAUAUAGAUCAUAACACUAAUACAACUCAUUGGAGCCACCCACUCGAGCGUGAGGGACUGCCUCCGGGAUGGGAGAGAGUCGAGUCAGCAGAAUUUGGAGUGUAUUAUGUGGAUCACAUCAAUAAAAGAGCUCAGUACAAACAUCCUUGUGCUCCCAGCGUUCCCCGUUACGACCAGCCUCCCCCGGUGACUUACCAGCCCCAGCAGGCGGAGCGAAGCCAGCCCCUCCUGGUCCCUGCGAAUCCCUACCACACCGCAGAGAUUCCGGACUGGCUGCAGGUCUACGCCAGGGCUCCUGUGAAGUACGACCACAUCCUGAAGUGGGAGCUCUUCCAGCUCGCGGACCUGGACACGUACCAGGGCAUGCUGAAGCUGCUCUUCAUGAAAGAACUGGAACGGAUCGUUAAGCUGUACGAGGCGUACAGGCAGGCCCUCCUCACCGAGCUGGAGCAUCGCAAGCAGAGGCAGCAGUGGUAUGCCCAGCAGCACGGCAAGAAUUUCUAAGCUAACAACUCUUUCUAAUAGACUUCUAUGAGGACACUAUGAGCUUUAAAAUGUUUCCACACUUCAUACUAUGAAAAAGUGCUUUGGUUGAAAAGGCAGCUUAUUUUUGUUGACGUUGCACCUUUGUUAUUAUCCUCUUGAAUAUUUUUCUACAUGUAUUAUGUAUUGUUUAUAAAACGAAAAAUGUUUGUUAACCUUUUUCCAUACAAAAACUAGUUUAUUAUUCUGAAAACCAGCAUGGAGUUACGGAGUUUGAUCAGAGACUUGAUUCUGGUAUCUUUUUCUAGCAGUUGGCUGUAUUAUUAAGAAGCUGACUAUAUAUUUUUAAAUGGCAAUAGAUGCAAUUACAAGAAAUGCCCUGGAUGCAAAACAUUGUUAAAAUCCAAAUUACUAUUUUGGUGUAUUUCCCUCUGGACUUUGUAUCCCUCUUGAGAGAGGUCUGUUCUUUGUUUACAGCUUUAAUGUACAGAACACUGACACUGUUACUUCUCAGUACUACAACCGUACAGAAGCUGAUUUCACCAAUCUAAAAGUGCUUCAUGAAAAUGAAGUCUGAGUUGCCUUAUUUUUUACUUUGUUUAAUGCAUUAUUACCUUAGAUUUAUUACUAGUUUUCACAGAAGUUAGUCAGAGGGCGAAAUACUUGUACCUUCUUAAAGACCAAUAUCACUAAGCAAACUCUUCAAAGGUUCUUAAAUGCUAGGUAGACUGCAUUUUAUGAGCCCCAGUCACACGGGAAGGUAGUAGCAUUGUCUAACCAGCUUACCAACCAGCUGUACCACACCAUGAAAAAAAUCAGGGAUGUAUCAACAUUUUUUUUUACCGAGCUUUGUCUUGUAUUAAAGUUUCCUUACUUGGGGAAAAUUUUUACUUGUACAGUUACCCUCGCCAAUAUUUUCAUUUGGUUCAUUGAUUGUCCUGAAAUGUUAUUUAUGGAUUCUUUUUAGUGCAAUAAACAUUGUUGCAGACAAAAAUACAUUUCUUGUAAAUCCUGUUAAUUCAAUAAAAAUCACUUUUGUUUAA